UUUUGAAGCACCUCGGUGCAUGUGUACAGCACUGCCGGAAUACUUGGAUUCAAAGUUUCAAGGGAAAAACAAAAGCCCAACUUGGCAAUUUGUCUAUAUAAACCCUAAAUGAAAGCCAGAAGUACUGAUACAAUACAAGCAAGCAUUUCAAUUGUGGGAGAGAAAAUGAGAAGGGAAAAUUUGGUUGUCUUGUUCCCGCUGCUCGCUCUUGCGCUACUGAGCGUGUGCCGUCUAGGGUUUGUGGACGGAGCGACGUCGCUUCAACCGCCAGUGAAAUUAGUCUGGCAUUAUUACAAGAUUCAUACCACGUGUGAUGAAGCGGAAGUAUAUAUCAGGCACCAAGUGCAGUUGUUAUGGGACAAGGAUAAGAGCAUCACUCCCAAGCUCCUCCGCUUGCUCUACUCAGAUUGUUUUGUAAAUGGUUGUGAUGCAUCAAUCCUCUUGGAUGGGCCAAAAUCAGAGAAAACAGCACCACAGAAUAGGGAGCUUGGAGCAUUUGUAGCUAUAGACAAGAUCAAGACUGUUAUGGAGAAACGAUGUCCAGGAGUUGUCUCUUGUGCCGACAUUCUCAACCUUGCCACUAGGGAUGCUGUUCAUUUGGCAGGAGCACCGUCUUAUCCCGUUUUCACGGGACGAAGGGAUGGGAUGACGUCAAGCGCUGCAUCAGUGGACCUCCCAUCUCCGUCCAUCUCAUGGGAACAAGCACUAGCAUACUUCAAAUCAAGGGGCUUAGAUGUAUUGGACUUGGGAACGCUCCUAGGAGCACACUCAGUGGGGAGAACACAUUGUAGCUACGUCCUAGACCGGCUCUACAAUUUCAACGGUACCGGAAAGCCCGACCCGAGCAUGGAUGCAUCUUUCGUAACCGAGAUGAGAAAGUUAUGCCCCAAAAGAUUGAAGAAGGGCCAAGCAGACCCACUAGUGUUCCUAGACCCAGAAUCUGGAUCAAAUUACAAAUUCACUCAGUCCUACUACUCUAGAGUUCUAUCGCAUAAAGCUGUCCUUGAAGUUGAUCAGCAACUACUCUUUGGGAAUGACACUGCACAAAUCACAGAAGAAUUUGCUGCUGGUUUUGAAUAUUUUCGCAAGUCAUUUGCUCUGUCCAUGAGCAGGAUGGGAAAUAUCAAGGUUCUAACUGGAAAUCAGGGAGAGAUACGCCGAAAUUGUCGAUUUACAAACAAGGAUAAUCCAAAUAAGUAGGAGGAAUCUAAUGUGCUAUUGAUGAGGGUGAAUGAAUCACCAUAAAUGGAAAUUGUUGUGUGUAAGAGAAAGAUGAAUAAUCCAUCAAU